ACAACUCCUCAAGGUACGCCUCAGAGCCGAGUCUUCUCGCUCACAGGACCCCAGACGUCGACGCCCAACAAGGAAUCGUCAGCUCGCAGAUGCCUUCCUCUACUAGAAAACUCGUCCCGGCAGCAGGAUAUUUGUCCAGCCAAUAAUUGCGGCCGUCUUCGUUACGUGGGUACCGCACCGGUCGACUUAAUAAAUCUGAGUCAUAAUGAGCCUCCACCUCGCUACGUUUACGCAGAAAGCGGCCUGGAGUCCAUGCCGAUGAUGUCCGGAUCGCCCAAGUAUCACGUGGUGCCGGCCGAUCAGAAGAAUUAUCAAAGCGUUGAGAGCGCGUUUAUAGCGCGCACCGCCGUUGUACCACCGUUAUCACCGCCAAAUAGUGACGCGAACACGACUUUGGCAAGUGGCAUGGAAAAAAGCGAGAGAAAGAGCGCGCCAAUCCUGCUAAUACUGGUCGGUCUUUUGACGUGUGGCCUCGCUCUCUACCUAUCCUGGUCGCAAGGACGAAGAUACUACUUCGAUAGCGCAGUUGGCUGCGGUGCCUGUUGCGCUUUAGCGGGUGCAUGCAGGAGUCUACGAAAAACUUGGACAGGACUCGGUCUGGCUGGACUAGCGGCACUGAGUUGCGCCGGUCUUCUGCUGCUAGCCGCUAAAUCUCCGAAGGAUGGCACACCGCUCCACGACAUCACAGCCGGUGCCUUGUGCGGAGUGUCAGUUUUAGGCGCUGGUCUCGCCCUGUUGGCCCUCUUGAAGCCGAGAUGCAGUUUCGGACGUCAUAGACGAGUGCAUUCUUGGAUACCACGAUUCUCCCCUUAG